UUGAAAAAUUAAAUUUCAAUCUCUCUUGAACAAGAAUGAGCAUGAAGAACCAAACUCUCGUGAGUAGCCCUAAAGAGGGCUAUGCUAGCUAUAUUCUGAUGUGUAAGAAAGAGGCACAGGCUGGUCACUCUGUGGGCUAUUGAUUGUCGAUUUUAAUAGUUUUAAAACAAGUUGAUGAAAACGAGGAAAUUAGAGUAAAUUACUCAAAUUCGAAGCAGAUUUGGUAUAGAGCAUUCCCGAUAGAGAUAUUAAAGGGAUUCUUGCUGGAAAAACAAGGGAAUUAUACUUCUUUGCUAUUUUUAGAACCCUGAAGAAAUGUAGUGAUGAAUUUACGCAUAUUUUCUCCAAGAAUUUUGCAUCAUCUACCCUGAAAUACUGCAUACUUUAGUAUUGAUUGUUUUAAAGUUCCAAAAAAAAUUUUUCAAAAAAUUAUGACAAAUUGUAGAGCCAUGAAGGAAGUUAACUUUACUGACUCUCACAUUGAUACAGAAGGAAUUAGACUUGAAGAAGAUCUUAUACUAAGGCUAAUAUACUUAUAUUACAACCGAAGAAAGGACAGACACAGCUUGAGUAAAAGAAAGAGUAUAAGGAACUUGAUGUUUAUGAUAGAAUCCAUAUCAAAUGGCUUCUAAAUAGCCACUAUUCACUGAAAAUCACCAAGCUCUCUUCGAAUUACGCAUUUCCUUCCAAGUUUUCUCUGAACAAUAAUCACUAAAAAUAAUUAAAACAAUAAUC